AUGCGCUUCAACUCCAUCACCGCCGCGGCCUGCCUCGCCGUUGCAACGAGUGCUCUCAACUCGUCGCCGGAAGCCAUCUUCGGCUACAGCAACAUCGAGGCCCGCGCUGACAACAACAGCGUCUACGUCCCUACCCAGACACUCUGCGGUAUGGGAGACAGUUGCGCCCAGGCUUGUGGUGCUAGCUUCGACAUGUGCCCGUCCAACGACGAGUCAAUUCACUGCUUUGACAAGGAAAGGCAGAAGUGCUGCCCUGGCGGCAAGGGUGUGUCAUGUGACGCGGGAUUCUUCUGCGCCAACAACGCCAAGGGCGAGCAGAUUUGCUGCCCGGAGGGCAAGCCCCUUGACCAGUGUGCCGGCGCCGUCUCUUCUCUGGUCCCGGUCCCGCUUUCGACCGCUGCCCCGACCACUGCUGCUGCGACCACUGCCGCCGCGGCCAGCACCGCCGCCGUCGUCAACAACGCGACUUCCAUCGCCAGCACCGGCGCUAUUGUCAAGUCCACGGCUCUCCCGUCUGGCACUGCCAAGGCCACGGGUAUCGUCCCCGGCAAGAGUGGUUCCGGUGGCUCUGGCAGUGGCCCUGCCCCGACCGGCCAGUCGUCGCCGUCUCCCAUCCCGGUCGGUGCCGCCAGCGCUGUUGCCCCCGCCGGCAUGGUCGUUCUGGCCUUCGCUGGUCUUGCUGCUCUUUUCUAA